AUGCCUGAUUUUCCUAUUUUAUACUUUGUUCGUACUGACAAUGAUAGUGAUUGUUUUAUUAUUAAAAUCGAUGAAAAAAACUACUGUCUAAUUGACAGUGGACCUGCUCACCCUUCAUCUUAUCAAAUUUUUAAAUCUGCGAUUUCAAAAUGUAAAAUAUCAAAUUUUAAAAGAAUUAUUAUUACCAACCCACGUAAGAAACACCUUGGCGGCAUAACCAGAUUCUUAAAAGAAUACUUUUCACCUAAAGAUAUUCAUGCUGAAAAAGUUCCACAACUUGAUCUUGAUGUGGUACUUACUGAAGAAUUUAGCAAUAAACAGAUUAUUGAUAUUCUAAGCCACAAUGGAUUUGAAGUGGAUAAUAAAAAAUCGAACUUUGUGUAUCGAAAUAUAAUUAUGGAUUGCAUUUUCCAUAAAAAUGGGAAACCAUUAAUUUUAAGGCAUAAAAAAGAUGCUGAACAAGACGUAAAUGCAGUAGGAAAUAACGAUAAUGUGACAUUGAUGAGAAAUAAUGCUAAGAUUCAAAAGGAUCAGUCGAGUAUACUUACAUAUUUCCAAUAUUUUAAUGAUGGAAUGAAAAAAUCAGUAUUCCUCACAAGUGAUAAUGUCGCUUCAUGGAUACAAAAAGUAUUAGCUACAAGGUUAAACUUAUAUCAGCCAACGCAACAAAUUGAACGUCCAUACAUUGAUAUCUUUCAA